GUGUCAGUUGUUUCGUGAACAGUGCUUCUUAUAAAAAAUAUACAAAGUCACUGUAAGUGUAGACCGAAACAGGAACAACAUGGCGAACCGUAAUCGUUCUCGUAAAAGUGGUGCUUUCUAUCGCAAGGCGGCAAAUCAUAUGAAAAUGAAAGUGAACAAAAAGGAUAAAAUGGAGGCUGGAUCGAGUCGUCAAAAACAACAUGACGUACCUGCCAACUCAUGCACUACUGCAGAACCUCAUGAAGAAGAAAUGCAGCAAGUGCAUUUCCCAGCAAAGCAACAUGACGUACCUGCCUCAUGCACUACUACAAAACCUGAUGAAGAAGAAAUGCAGCAAGUGGUAACAGAGGAGUUACCGGAACUGUCUGACUUUACCAACGCAGACGAAAGUUUCUCUGACACCAGCGCACAGUGGGCAACGGCCAUACAAACGCCGGGAUGAAAAUCAAUUCCUCGUGCUAUUGCAGUUUUUCUUCAUUCAAUACCAUUGCUCUUACUAUACAGGGCAGUCCUAUACUGAAAUCGUCAAGACAGCAAAAAAACCUUAAUAAUUAUCGCUCACAACAUUUCAUUAUUGUGUAGUACUUAACAGCAUCAACAAUUAUUGUUAAGAAUUUAAACAAAUGCGGAGUAAGUUCCUUACUAAAAACGAUUUUUUAAGUAUUACGCGCUAAAACAGCCGAGUGUUUCAUGGUUAGUUUUGAAAAGAGAUGGUUCCUAUCUUACGACCUUUUUUAAACUGUUUUUCUCUGUUCAGCUUUGUUUCUUAUGCCUGUUUGUUUCAAAUGUUCGUUUAUGACAGGUAGUUCGAUACUUGCGGUGUAUGGCUCAUACAACAAGACGUCAAAAUCGCUCGUGCUAUUUUCAAGAAAAAGUUCAAUAAUUUUCGGGGUCGCGGAUGGUCGCAGCUAACUUCAACGUCAAUACGUAGGAAAAAUGUUGAUCUUUCCUAUGAUAUACGACUCACGAGUGAAAUCGAGUCGAAUCAUAAAAAAUUUUGCUCUCCAAAAUGAAAAUAUCCAAAAAUUCGGCAGUGAUGUUUGAUUUUCAAUCAUUUAUGAACUUUAAAAACAAGUUUUUGCCAAAUAUUCUGACAUAAUAUCAAAAUAUGACAAAAAAACCUUUCCAACGACACAUUAAUUAUCAAAAUCUAACCAUCAUAUACUAAAAUAUGAUGGUUUAUGUUCGGUCGAAAAAUUGCUCAAAUUUGGGACAAAAAACACAAAGUUUACACUUUGAUGGCCUAUAUCUCAGUAAGUUUAAGAUAAAAACGUGAAAUAUUUUGGUUUCAACUAAGUUUAAGUAUCUAUUUUAAGAAAAUGAUUAUGGUGUUAACCUGCGAUGAAGUUGGUUUUUCGAUUUUUAUACAGGCGUUUGCCCAAUGUGCAGC